UGCAGGUAGUGUAUAUGUCUGUACACUCAUUAUUGUAAGACACACUCUACAGUCAGAUCAACUCAUCACGAGAAGGCUACUCAUAGAGUUAUUUUGAGUCCUCGCUAGCUAACACAGCUGUGCCAAGAGACACAAGUUCUGGUGUGAUCGAGACAGAAAGAGAGACUAAAGAGAAAGAGAGGGAGAGAGAUAGAGAGAGUGAAUAUAUGUUGAUCCACCUCUUCUCUUUGACUCUGAAGCUUAUGAACAGCUCUCCAAACCUAUACUUCACUAUAAUAGACUUCAACAGGAAAGGUGCCUGUUUUUGAGAGAAAACCCACAGCAAUGUUUCGAUCGAAGAACUUGAUGGGGGAACCUCGUGAGUCGAGAGGGGGCAACAUGCUCAAAUCCUUUACUGCCAAGUUUGGGACGGUGCACGUGGCGGAUGUGAUUAAAAAGCUUCCUGAGAAAGUAGUUGCAAUACCUGGUAGGGUAGAGGCAGCUAUGCACAGGGACUACGAGAAAAUGGCUGCGGACUCAUCCAGGUCGUAUGCUAACGAAAAGACCCCUUCUACUGGAUCAGGAGAGGCUGAUAUCGCAGCUGAUCCAGCAAGUGGAGGAUUUUUCGCCACGGAUUACAAAAAGCAUGAGGAUCUGAAAGCUAUGCUGGAUGGGAAUAAAGAUGGGCUGAAACUGGAAGCUAUGAAGCGCAUUAUUGGCAUGAUAGCUAAAGGGAAAGAUGCAUCAGAUCUCUUUGCAGCUGUGGUGAAAAAUGUGGUCUCUAAGAAUAUAGAGAUCAAGAAGCUGGUGUAUGUUUACCUGGUCCGAUAUGCCGAGGAGCAGCAAGACCUAGCCUUGUUAUCUAUCAGUACAUUCCAGAAAGGGCUCAAGGAUCCCAACCAGUUGAUUAGAGCAUCGGCCCUACGUGUUCUCUCCAGUAUCCGUGUUCAUAUGAUUGUCCCCAUCAUGAUGCUAGCCAUAAAGGAAAGUGUCAACGACAUGUCACCAUAUGUCCGCAAAACUGCUGCUCAUGCCAUUCCAAAGCUGUAUAACAUGGAUCCAGAACAGAAAGAUCAACUUGUGGAAGUGAUUGAGAAACUCCUGGCUGACAAGACUACAUUGGUUGCUGGGAGUACGGUCAUGGCAUUUGAAGACGUUUGCCCCGAGCGAAUCGACCUCAUCCACAAGAAUUUCCGCAAGCUGUGCAACCUGCUGAUUGAUGUGGAAGAGUGGGGUCAGGUCAUCAUCAUCAACAUGCUUACGAGAUACUCUAGGACACAGUUCCUAGACCCCAACAAAGCCGAUAUGAUACAAGAAGAAGCAGAGCGCUCUUUCUAUGGCUCUGAGCACAGCGACGAAGACAGCGAUGAAAAAGAAGCAAAGGAAGAUGGGGAGGAGGUCAAGAAGCCGUACAUCAUGGAUGCUGAUCACAGGCUACUCCUACGCAGUGUCAAGCCACUCCUUCAGAGCAGAAAUGCCUCGGUUGUAAUGGCAGUAGCUCAACUCUAUCAUCACAUUGCUCCUAAGAAUGAAGUUGGGAUCAUUGCUAAGCCAUUGGUCAGACUUCUCAGAAGCCACAGGGAAGUGCAAUCUGUCGUCCUGAGCAACGUAGCCACGAUGAGCGCCAACCGCAGGGGUAUGUUUGAACCUUUCCUCAAGAGUUUCUUUGUCCGUUCCAGCGACGCGACCCAUAUCCGUCUUCUCAAGCUGGAGAUCAUGACUAACAUUGCCAGUGGAACCAGUAUUUCAACCAUACUCCGAGAAUUACAGACCUAUGUGACCAGUUCUGACAAGGCGUUUGUAGCAGCCACCAUCCAGGCCAUCGGGAGAUGUGCAAGUAACAUAGAAGAAGUGACCGAGUCAUGCAUGAAUGGACUCAUGGGCCUCAUGUCAAACAGAGAUGAGGCUGUAGUAGCAGAGAGUGUGGUGGUGAUUCGUAAACUACUUCAGAUGAACCCUACAGGUCACAAGGAGAUUAUACGUCACAUGACCAAACUUGCAGACGCCAUCACGGUACCUAUGGCCAGAGCCAGUAUCCUUUGGCUCAUAGGAGAAUACUCUGACAACGUACCUAAGAUGGCUCCUGAUGUACUGCGUAAGAUGGCCAAAGGAUUCAUCAACGAGGAAGACAUCGUCAAGCUUCAGAUUCUGAACCUGGCAGCUAAGCUUUACCUGACCAACUCCAAACAGACCAAACUCCUGCUCCAGUACGUGCUCAACCUGGCCAAGUAUGACCAGAACUAUGACAUCCGAGACCGCGCCCGUUUCUUCCGACAUCUCCUCCUCCCCGGGGAUAAGACCACAACAUUCUCCAAACAUGCUAAGAAGAUCAUCCUAGCCACCAAACCAGCCCCUGUCAUUGAAUCCGUCUUCAAGGACCGGGACCAGUUCCAGCUAGGUUCUCUGUCUCACAUGAUCAAUGCAAAGGCCAUAGGUUACAUCGAGCUCCCAGACUUCCCUGAAGAGGCCCCGGACCCAAGCGCUAGAGUCGUGGAGGAAGCCCUACCUUGGACCAACGAGAAGGAGAAGAGAACCGGGAGUAAGAGUAAGAAGAAAGCCAAAGCAACCAAGUCUUUCUACUCCAGCUCAGAGGAGGAGAGCGAGGAAGAAGAUGAUGAUGAAGAAGAAUCCUCUUUAGAAGAAGCCAGUGAAUCAGGCUCGGGAUCGGAGAGCGGUUCGGGUUCAGACAUCGACAAAGAUGAAAGCAGUGAUGAGGAGGAGAGCGACGAGGAAGACGAGAGUGAAGAUGCGUCAGCGUCAUCGGAAGAUUCCGAGAAGAGCUCAUCAGAGUCAUCGGAAGAUUCCUCCAGUGAGGAGAGCGAGUCAGAGAGUGAAGAAGAGAUCAAACCAGUGAAAAAGAAAACACCACAGAAAUCAUCCAAGGAGCAGAAGAAAGGAAAACAGAAAGCUGAAUCAACAAUGCAACUCUUAGAUUUUGGUGACUUUGGUCCACCAGGAGAAUCCUCUCAGCCUGUGACACCUGCCGGGCCCACCAGCAUGCUAACUCCUACCCUAGCCAAAGAUCUUCAAGGAUUAUCACUUAGUGACAAACCUUUGAGUUCAGAGCAGAUGUCCCAGAUGGCCAAGGCUGGUGGAGUUAUGUUUCCUUCUAAGGAGACCUUUGAGCUUUUGAAUCGGGUCAACAGCGGGGGUUUAUCAGCGACCUACCGAUUCCCUCGAACGACCUGUAUCUACUCUACCACUAUGGUGGCUGUAGAGGUCACUUUCGUCAACAACAGUUCCGCCAAAAUACAGAACAUUAGCAUAGGAGAGACCAAGUUGGCAGCUGGUAUGAAACUGCACGAGUUCCCAGAGAUCACCAACCUUUCCGUCAGUCAGUCCACAACGGCAAUCAUUGGCAUUGACUUCAGGGACACAACACAACCUGCCAAUUUUGAGAUCUGUACUGAAUCGCGGAAGUUCAGUGUGACAGUGAAAGCACCCAUAGGAGAACUCUUACAACCCAUUGCACUCAGUGAAAGAGACUUCUUAGGCCAACAAUCUAAGCUUACGGGUAUGAAUGAACACUCCGAUAAGUGCGACAUAGACGCAAGCAACAGAGAAGAGAAAGAUUUGAUCAGGUGUGUGGGUGAGACGGCCAACAUUCAGAUCGUCCCAGCCAGUGAUCCCAGUAAACUCAUAUACAGGUUCUCUGGAAGGACGGUAUCCGCCGGGACAUCGGCCCUGUUGACGGUGCAGGUCUUGAGCGAGGGCAAAGCUAGGAUCACGUCUAACUGCGAGAAGAUGGUGAUUGGUAACAUGCUGGUCAAAGAUAUCAAGAAGGCUUUAGGAAAGGCGUGAUGCUACCCAUAGCUUUAUUUAGGAUUCAAUUCAAAAUACGUGGUUUAUAGGAUUUCAUUCAGUGGGUGUUGUGGUAGAAUAUCGUCAUUUGUGAAACAGAGUUUUAUCCAGCAGUCAUUUCUGUUUGGAGCAAGAAGGGCAUUAACUUGUGUACUUUAAUACAGAUAUAACACCCUUCUGGCUCUGACUAUAUCCAUUGCUAGCUUUCUCAUGUGGGAAAGGGAGGUUGCUCAUUUUGCGGGCAAGAGAGAUGAUUUUGAAAGUAUCGACAGCUUUCAUGAGUAUCAAAAGACUCUGUUUGCCCUGCAUUUGCUGAAAAGAUUGUACACUGAAAAAUGAACAAAAAUUUACACAGAUUUGCGACACCAUAGUGUAUUACAUUCCUGGCAGGCUCAUUAUCCUCAUACAUGUAUAUCUAUUUAUAUCUCUCAGCCGUUAUAUCAAAUUAUUUCAGCAGAUAUGUUUUAUUUGAACUUUCUAACAUUCAUUGGAAAUGUUAUAUUUUGUGAGACUAUAUUUGCCAUUAUGUCACCAAAAAAACCCCAUCUAGUUAUACCAUGAUGUGAUGAAUGUGCAUGUUCCUGUUUGAUAGCAAUGCUAUCUCUAAAAUGGAUUUCAGCAAUUAGUACCAUGCAUUAUCCAAGUUAGUCUGAAUUUCUGAAUUUUCGACCAUUAUUAAUCCAUAGUCUCUCAUUGGACAUGUAGUAUAUUUCCAAAGAUUAGCUAACCUUUCUCUAAAACUUGUUUCAAUACACAAGUGUUUCAUACAAGUUUUAUACAAAUAUAAAAACAUCAGAAAUCUUGUUUUCUUGUUACAAAGGAGUCAGCAGGUAUGAGUAGGGAUGUGUCUUUAUAUGAUAUAUUUGAUAUAUGCCUAAGAUUACAAUGUUUUAGAUGGCCUGUAUUUGAGAUGACCUGGGAAAGAUUUUUCUUUUUUUAAUUAGAACCACUGCUGUGUUUAAGAAUUCAAAUCUUGCAUGUUUAAUUAUGAGGAAGAUAUUUGCCUGAAUUCACAAAGGGGGUUUACAUUUAACCCAUGGUUUUAUAAAUCGUGGGUUAUUUAGCCUGGGUUAAAUCUAACCCAUGGUAAUAAUCCAUGGUCUAAGCUCGGCGUGAUGACGUCAUAUGAUGCGUUAAAACGUGGGUUAAAUCUAAACCUCCUUUGUGAAUUCGGGCCAUUAUAUUAGGGCCUUAACUCACAUGCGUUAAUGUACUAGUAGAGUCAACGCUUUUCUGGCUCCAAACAGAUAACGUGAAUGUAAGAGUUUUCAAACAGUAUUUCAUAUUCAAUGUCCUGAAAAGCAUUCCAUGGUACAGUAUGAAGCAUUGUCUUAAUGUUAGUGUGCAAUUGAAGUAUAAUUGAGACUGUCUUGUUUGUGUUACAAUCAUUUUAUUAGCUGUAGUAAGUGUAGUGAGCUAUUGUUUAUUCUGAAGAUCAAAAUGUAGCAAAAAUUGUGUGAUGUAUCAAAGGCAAAACACAAUAGAAAAGCUAACUAGAUUUUAGAACAAAGAAUGUUUUUAGUGAUUCAUUCCUUGUAGAAUCGCCUUCAUCAAUACCGAAAGACUAUUCCUCUCAACUCAUUAACCUAGCAAAUAUGUGAUGGCAGAUCAUGGCACUUAAAGGGGAAGUCUGCCCUGAUAUUAAGUUGGUUUUAAUAGAGCAGACAAAUUAAAGGAACACGUCAGUAAAAGUUUGAGCAAAAUCCGAUUAAAAAUUCUAAAUAAAAAUAGAAAGUUAUGCAUUUUUGAAAGUGCGAUCAAUCUAACACACAUUGACAACUCUGUGACGAAUCUAGCAAGUCCAUUUGCUCAGUACUUUAACAAAAUCUGUUUCUGUAUGACCCCUGUAUGAAACAAAUUUUUUCUGUUCUCAAUAACUAAGAAAAUGAGGUUGAUGAAAUUUUCUGUACUAAGCAAAUUGGGGAGGACCUCACAAGAUACGUCACAGAGUUGCCCGUUUGUGUUUCACUGAUGACAAAUUCAAAAACUCAUAACUUUCCUACGUUUGAUCGGAUAUUGCUCGAAAUUUUACUAAUUAUUUGUUUCUCUUGCCUUUCUGCUUUUAUUAAUACCAGAACAUCAUUAAGGUAGAUUUCCACUUUAGUCCAAGAAUAUAUUGCCCAAGUUAGAAGCGUAAUAUCCUCCACAAGGGUAAUGGGAUUCUGUAUCGGAUAAAAUGUAUUCCAGACCCCAAUAAAGUAGAACCAGCUAAUAUCAUUGUAAUCGAUAUAAGAUGUAGGUCUAUUGUGCAGACACCACAAACAAAUAUGUUUGCCUACAGAUCCACCUUGUGUUAGGUUAUGCAUUCUAUUUGUGUCAGGCAUUCUAAGCCAAAAUAUUUGAUUGCGAUUUGAUUUGAUUGACCAACAGCAUUACAGUAAUACAUUUCAUACACUGUGUUUACAUAUACAAGAAGAGAAACUAUUGGUUGGUAAUAUUUAGGAUGUAUACCCAUUGCACAUCCACUUUGUACCAAGUGUAAAUACACACUUUGCACAACUGCCUCAAACAUAAUUAAGAUAAAAAUACUGGUAUUAAUGAUAAUUUUAAUAAGUAAACCAAUGGAAAAAUUACAUAUUUACCACAAAAAAGUGGUAUAUGAUGUAUUGAGGCACACAACCAAUGAAUAAAGCAUGCAAAAUACAUUUUCUAUUUCAGUGUCAAAAUGCCUAAAUAUGUUUCAUAUUUAUAUCCUUUAUGGUGAUGUUGUGGGUUAAAUCUAACAGUGUGCAUCGAAUGAUGAUAAUCUAGCACCAUCAUGGAUAAACUAUUCAAAUCCAAUAGAUUUACAUCUAUAGACAGUAUUAAAAAUGCUCAAUAUUAAAAUGGUUGUAUCAAAAGCAUUUAUAUUUGCUCGCAUCUCAUAAAACUACUAGUGAAUGAGCUAAGUAGCAUACAGAUUUAGAUUUCAUUAUUUUAAACUAGUACUACUAUUAUCUUUGAAUUGUAAUGUGGUAGCUAUCCUUUGUUUCACUUGUAGUUAUGAUUUUUUGUUUAAUGGAUGACAUUAAAUUGCAGAGUACUUAUAUAAAUUAUGAAUAAAUAUUGAUAUCUAUGA